ACAUUGUUUUUAUACAAUUUUAAUAUAUAUAUUUAAUAUUAUCUCAAUAAAUAAUUAAGAUAAAGAAAUACCGCAAACCUGGAUGUAAUAUUACAACUUCUGUAAUCUCUUGUGCCCCCUAUUCCAUCUGCAAUUGUUGCUAAACUGUUGAAAACUGACUGUUCAGUAUUAAACUCCCAGAUCUAUCACCAACCAUUAAGAAGAUCGUUUUCAAACAAUUUUCUGCCUUGUAUUUUGAUGUAAGGAAGUCAGUUUCCAUAUAGAACUUGUUUUUAUUUACUACAAGACUUAAUAACUUAACCGGCUACUCUAAAUUUAAAAUCACCAUAAAUAAUUAAUUAACACAAAAUUGCCUGAAUAUUUAAAUGUUUUACUACAAAAAUUGAUUAGUUCAUAUUAAAACAGCGUUGCCAGACUAAAAGUUGAUUGAAGUUUAAAGAAAUUUAAAACAAUAAGGUUAUGUUUAUAUUUAAUCUUAAUGAGCUACUAUAUACAUAUUUCACUAUAUUAAAAAUAUUUUUUUAGUUAAAUUCAACAAAUUUCGUCUGAUUCAGUUAUAUUUGAAAGAUUCAAGCGUUUUUGGUAUUAUUAUUAUUAGCUAAUAAAAUGCUUAUAAAGUUCGAUUUUAUGUGGUAAAUAACUGUCCAAACUGGUAGAUAUUAUAAUAAAACUUGACAAUUUUACCUAAACAAGUUUUGUUUUGAGAUAUAUUUACUAUAUAAUAAUUACUGUAAGUAGUAGAAAUUAUAAACGACACAGUUUGGCAACGCUGCUAUACUGAAAGAUCAGUAGUUCAAAUGUAGCGAUGUCAAGUUAAUGUCAAAAUCAGCUGAUUUAAAUCAUUGUAACGUAAACAAAGAACUUUUUAUAUUCGCUGAACCAUUUUAUAAAGUUAAUUUGUGAAAAUGAUCUUUUGUUGUGACAAUAAUUUCAAAUUUAAAUUUGGUUUCUAUCGUCUGCCUGCGGUUCUCAAUAACAAAAAUUUUCAUUUGUAUGAAGAGAAAAAUGAUUGAAUGUUAUAAAUAGCGGAGGCUUGGAGUCACUGGUCCACUGCUCUCUCUCAGUGAUGUGUGCCUUUAAUUCCUUAUUAUCGGCCAUUGCCAGUCAAAAUGACCAGUAACUCAAUGAUGGGAGUCCCAGUAGGAGCCUAGUUGGGGCUGUAUAUAUGGACCCUGUGACUGACACACGAGUCGUUGGACUCUGUCAAGUUACAUUCUUAUUUUUGGGGCUUUCCCGUACAAGACCACUACAUGAUGGCCCCAUAUGAGUGAACAGUUCCAUUUAAUAAAACCAUUGAUUUGAACUAAUUCAGUCUAUGAAAAAUCAUACACUAGAGUAACUCUUUUGAUGCUAUACCAAAGAUUCCACAUAUAUUUUAGAAUAUCUCUGCCUGAAAGGCAGUCCCACAGGAUUCUAGAGGUUUUAGAGUAUUAUACGAGGGCUCUUAUAAAAUAUAAGGUUAUUCAAGGAAAUUGUGCGAAUUUAACGAAAGGAAAAGUUUUUAUGCUUAUGAAACAAUAUCAAACAAAUAAUAAAGGGACUAGUCCAAAUUAUGGGGAAAUAAUGAAAUCGUUAAAUAUAUGUAUAACAUUGUAUCAUGCAGUAGAACUUUUAGUUCGACAUGGUUUACGAAGCUUCCUAAAUUUUUUUGAAGAGCAUAUAGAAAAACCGUUAUUUAGAGGUAAUACUGAGAUAAGAGCAAUAUUGAGCAAUAUAAGAGAAUAUAUUGGACCUCUUCCUCAAGUACUACAACUUCCUAGUGGUGAAUAUUCACAGAUACUUGAAAAUGUGAAAUUUGGUCAUCCGAAAUUUUAUAAACUUAGAGACAUUUUAUUAGAUCAUUUUAAAGAAAACGGUGACUCCAGUAAGGCCAUUGUCUUCUUCGAAUACAGAGAUUCGGUUACUGAGGCUUCCGUGUUACUUAUUCAAUCACAACCUUUGAUUAAACCGAGAAUUUUCGUUGGACAAAAGCAAGGAGUUACCCAGAAGUCACAAAUAAAUGUAGUGAAAGCGUUCAGAGAAGGUCGAUGUAAUGUGCUUUUAUCCACCAGUAUAGGCGAAGAAGGUUUAGAUGUUGGCGAAGUGGAUCUUAUAGUCUGUUUCGAUAUCUCCAAUAAAUCUCCCAUUCGUAUGGUGCAACGUAUGGGUAGAACCGGUAGGAAGAAAGACGGAAACGUAGUGGUGUUGGUAACUGAAGGCAAGGAACAACAAACUUUGAAAGAUUGUCUUAUCCAUAAGAAUAACGUAGCGUAUCACGUUUUGGGAUCCAAAGAAUUGGCAAACAGUAUGAUGUCAGAAUAUGCUAGAUUAAUACCGGAAGGAUUGGUACCGAAAUGCGAAAAAAUAUUUAUAACCGUGCAAAAAGAUGUUUCUAACAAAGGCGGUAAUCUAAAGAGUAUGUUGAAAACUCUAUCUAGUACAUUAUCGGAGUCUAUAUACUCACCUGAUUUGAAAAUAGUUGAUGUUGAAGAAAAAAUACCGGAGCCACAAUUAUAUUGUAUUAAAGAAGACCCGUUUGAAGAAAAUGACUCGCUGCCAAAUAUUUUCAGUAAAAGGAUCGAAAAACAACGUUCCUUUCAAGAAACAGAUAGAAUAGAACAUUCAAGUAAUUGUGAUAUUUUUGUUAAACUACUACAAUUCGCUGAAUCUCGUCGAUUCAACAUUCCAUUAACACAACAUAGUAAUAAUGUGGUGCAGAAUAAAAAUCUGAAACAAACAGACAUAAGACACAUGUUCUUCAAAUCUCAGAGUGCUAAUGAUUUUGUAUUACCUUCUUCGGAAGGGUUACCACAACCGGUCGAAGUGAAAAAUGUAGAAGACAAAAAUUUCAACGAUAGAAAAUUAUUUGAGGAGAUAGAUACGUUUUUAACAAUAAAAAAGGACGAAGGAGACCAGUGUCACUUAUGUCCGAGCCAGUUUAAUUGUGGGAAGUUAAAAUAUGGACGAAAAACUGUUAAAACUGUUUUAACUUGGAUAGAAUUGGAUGCAUCAGUUUAUAUUAAUAUUACCGAACAAGAUUUGAAGAAUUAUGGAAAGAAUUUUAAUGAUUCUAAAUGUCAGAGUUUUCAAUUUGAAGAAAGUAUGAAUUUUAAACUUCCCGAUACCCCUAGGAAUAAAAUUUCUAUUCAGAAAGAGAAGGAAACAUUACAACUGGAAGAUUUAUUAGAUAGUAGUAUUAUAAACGAUAUUUACAAUAAAACAACAAAUUUCGAAGCUCCCAAAUCGUUAAAAAACUUAUUGAACCGAUAUAGUACCUCUAUAAUAGAUUCAAAUGACUCUAACAAUGCGAUUUCUCAACAAAAAAGCGUUAAAAACGAAGACAAAGGAGAAUCUAACCAAAAAAUUUUAGAUUUCUUCAAAUUAAAAUCAUUGGACAACAUUUUUGAUACGAUCACUUCGGAUUCCCAGGACACUAUCAUUUAUUCCCCCGAUUUAUUUGAUGAUGUUAACAAGGAAGAUUCUUGUUCGCCAAUUUUGUGUUCGUAUGUUGACAAAAAGAGACCAAAAAAAUAUCGAAAAAAUGAUUCAAUUGCUCCAACACAAAAUAAAGAAACUACCGAUGAAACAAUCCCUUUAGAGCUCGAUGAUUUGUUGGAUUUUACAUUUUUUGAACUACCAUCAAAUAAAAAAGUUGCGACAAAAGACAAAAUAGAUGCAGUUGCAGACAAUGCAUUAAAAAAAUCAAAAAGUAGUGAAAAAUUAGAUAACCACAAAGUAGAUUUAGAUAUAUCGGAUUUUAUUGAUGAGGAAUUAUUGAAAAGUCCUGAACUUUCUAUUAAAACUAGUGUCCUUGAAAGGAAACAAGCAAAUAGGGUUAAAAAACUUGAAGGAAAAAAUAAUUUUAAUGGAUUCGAGGCUAAUAAAGAAAUUGAUAUUACUUUGGAUGAAGAUAAAGACGUUUUAGCUUUAGAAAUUGAAUUAUCAAAAAAUACGAUUGAUGUAAAUGAAGAAAAACAAUCUUGUAGUGAUGAAAUAAGAGAUUAUAACCAUGAAGAUCAUUUCGCAAGAUAUUUAGAAACCGGAGAAACUGUUGAACCGCAAAAAGAUGAAUUGAACAGUUGUUUCAUUGGAUAUUCAUUCAAUUUUCAAAAUUCUACAGAUUGUAAAGAACCAGUGUCCGAAAAACUAACAGAAAUCACAAAUCGUGAUAAAUUUAAAGACUUUUCGCAGUUCAAAAAGCCGAAAUCGAUUAAUUCAAAGAACGAUUCCAAAGUACCAAAUAUUUCAAAAAAAGAAGAGAAAGAUCCUUCUCAAUUAACAGUUACCCAAAUUAUUUCUUUGGUAAAUAAAAAUACUACUGACUGGGAUGAAAAUUUAUCAGACUUCGACUUCAGUUUCGAAACAACAACAAGUUCCAGUGAAAAAUCUUGUACUAAUUCCUCUACAGACACAAUUAAAUCGAAAAAUAAUGCAUCAAAAGCGAAUAAAUCUAAUAACGAAUGUAGGAAAAAAAUAAAUUUCGUUAAUACAUCUAAUAGUGACGAUGAAUUCGAGACGAAGCCCAAGAGCCCUUUAUGGAUACGUAGGAAACCUUUAAUCGCUAAAUUACAUACAGAAGAUUCUGAUGAUGAGUUCGAAACUACGGUUUCAAGUGCUGCAUUUGACAAAACUAAACCAGUUAAAGAGAAAGUGGUUAGAAAAUAUUUAUACGGUAGAAGAAGUAAAGCAUCAAGUAGCGGUAGGGAUAAAAAGUUAGUUAAUGAUUUUAUUCAAAACGAGGCUGAAUUAUCGAUCUGUGAUGAAAUCAUCAUUUCUGAUGACGAAGAUGAAUUAUUAACACAAGACUGUUACGAUGCUAGCUUCGUUGCAGAUAAUACGAUUCGAGAUGACACACAGAUGCAAGCUGUAUAUCUCAAAUCCAUUAAAGACGUACAUCCGAUAAAUAGAUUUAAGAUACCUACGAGAUAUAAAAACAGAUCUAAUGUCUUUUCGCAACAAGUCGAAGAAGAAGAAGAAGAGGAAUUUUAUUUAGAUGAUUCGUUUGUAGUCCAUGACGAAUCUAUUGAAACUAAUGUAGAAUUAUCACAGUUGGAAAUUUUAGAAAAACAACUAGAAAAUCGAAAGAAACGGAAAAAAAUACUAGAAGAUAAUAAAAAACCAACAAAACGCAAAAGGAUUAUUGUAGAUAGUGAUAGUGAUUAAAAAAAAUCAAUCAAAAAUAAAUUUACUUUUUUAUUAUUAUGUAUAUUAAAAAUUAUUUUGUUGAAAA